UGCAGCACCAACAGCCACCGCAGCCGCUGCCUCCGCCAGCCUGCCUCCCACCCCAGGGCGGCACCAUGGCCCAGUCUACAAGUCUCUGUGAACCUGAGUGUGAGGAAGCUGCCUGCUACAGCUGGCAUGGGUCUGUCGAAAACCCCAACAGCGGAGAUCGAGCGCAGUCUGUGUGGAUCCACUGUUUCUUCUGUCUCCAAGGUCACAUAUACCAGAGAACAUAGCAGGGAACCAGAAGAGGAGGAAAUAUACAGUGCAGAGAAUUUCCGUCGCAUUGCUCGCAGUCUCAGUGGGACAGUUAUCUCAAACAGAGAAGAGACCUUGGUCUCUUCUCACAGUUUUGAAGCACCAAAUACGAGGAAAAUGCCAGUGGACACCAGCCACCGUUCUUCCAGCUCCACUUCCCUUCCUUUCCCCCAUGAUCCUCCUGUAUUUCCCUUUGAUCCCCAGCACAACCCAAACCAGGUGCAGCACCCACCCCAUGAUGUACUGAUGCCCAGCAUGGGGGGCAAGGCACGUAAACUGUCAGGAGAUCAGAAGAACAUCAUCCAGAAACUUCUGGUUAUGCCUGACAGGGGUGAAGCUUUCCAAGGUGAAGACUACCCAGGUGUGGCACUGAGCUGUGGGAGUCUCCCUUGUGUACCCAAAGGCACCCUCUCCCAGGGACAAAAGCCUCUUGUUAAUUUGCAUUUAGGAGGCGGAGCAUCAAGUGUCUCUGGCCGUUUGCUGAACACAAGUUAUGCCGCCGGGCAAACAGCCACAUUACCAGAUAAGCGAACAAUGCUCUGGGGGAAACAUGCUGGCCAGCCAGGCAAGAGUUUACAGGAAGGCUUCCUCCAGCAGCCUUCACAACAUCCCAUGCAUGAAUCUCACACCAUCGGUUGCAGACUACCGGCCAGCACAGACUACAGCACUUUAAGAAUACCACGUGAGCCUUCUUGGGAUCCCGGUGCUUCUCAAGGUUGUCCUGUGCCCCCCUCUUGUGUUAAGGCCCCGGGUCCAAGGAGAGUUGAUAUGCCUCCAGAAGAAGACUGGCGAGAGAACAGCUACACCCCUCAGCCUGGCAGAAGGCGAAUGCUGCCAAUGCAUGCGAUAGAUGGGACUGUUUCUUCUUCUUCUGAGGCACACAGAAAUAUGCUGGCUCGAGCAGCAGCAGCUACUGGCACCAUGCAAAAUAAUGGCUGGUGAGAUCCCAUCCACUCCAUGUGCCCCAGUACACAACUCUGUGGACUAUGGUUGUUGCCAGAGUGUGGAUUGCAUGGAGACAGAAAACUCUUUCAAUCAGUAUCUGUGCCAGUUUUGUCUUAAAAUGUAGCUAUACAGUAUGUGGAAACUAAUUGCACUGUAUUUUGUUUCUGACACUACUGAACUUCUGUCUGGAUGGGGAAUCUUAAGUAUUCUAGUCCUGGCCUCUCCUAGCAAACAAGUGCUAUAGGAAUGGUAAUUGGCUUACGGGUAAGUUCAGAAGCAUGCGCACGUUUUGAAGGAAGAUGGCAACUAACAAAAGGACAUUUUUAAGGACUCUUUUUCAUGAAAUGUAGCUUUGGUAAAUUCUUCACAAAAAGAAACCAAUCCUUUUGUUUUCUUCUCCUCCAUCUCUCCUGUUCCUUCCUAGGGGAAAAAAACUGACCCACCUUCCAGGUUCCAGUAAACUGCACUGGACAGGUGGCAGUUAGUAAAGCAAGCACAGUUUUCCGUGUUUUGAGAUCUCAUACAGAGAUCACAGCUGUAGUAGCUGCAGAGGAAGUGACAGGGGAGACAUUGUUCAUCAGUAAACCCCAAUUUUCUCCACUUCUUUAAAGGAAACUAAUAAUGCUUCAAACAGAAAAGACUGUUAAUGCUGCACGCUUAACUACACCAAUGUAAACACAGAAUAAGUUUAACUAUUUUAGUGUCAAGCAUACUUGCUUUUGUAAGUAUUUUUCAAAUAAAUCUAUGAAAAUAGUUCUAUUUA